AUGGCUGAAGCAAGCAACUCGUGUCGCCGUGUGCUGGUCACCGGUGCGUCGGCAGGCAUUGGCCUUGCGGCAGCGCGCAGGUUUCUGGAGGAUGGGGCUCGGGUGGCGCUGCUCGGCCGCAACAAGACGACCAUGGCGGCGCUUGCCGAGGAGUUUCCCGAGUCGACGUCGGUCAUCGGCGUGGAUCUGGCCAAGGCCGAUGCGGCGGCCGAGGCGGUGGUGAGUGCAGUUGAGGCGCUCGGCGGGCUCGACGUGGUCAUCAACAACGCAGGCGUGCUCGGCAAGCCCGGGUGUGCGCUGGAGGACAUCGAGCUCGACGACUGGGCCGCGGUGAUGAAGGUCAAUCUCAAGGCGCCGUUUGUGGUCACCCAGGCCGCAGUACCGGCGCUGAAGGACUCGGCUGCAGCAGGUCGCUCGCCGGUGGUCAUCAACAUCUCGUCGCUCGCCGCUGACCCAGUGCCUCGCGCUGGAGCUCGCCCCGAGGGCAUCCGGGUCAACGCCAUCCAGCCGGCCACCGUCCGCUCGUCCAUUCUUCGCGACUCGAUGAACUCGGUCGAGUAUGAGGCCCAUCUCGAGCGCUCUGCCGCUCUCCAUCCGCUCGGCUUUACUGGCGAGCCCGAGGACGUGGCCGAGCUCAUGCUGUUCAUGGCUUCGCCAAAGGCCAAGUGGAUGACCGGCGCCCUUGUCCCGCUCGACGGCGGCCGCUCGUUGGUCUGCUCGUCAGCAGGCUCUGGCUCGCUCUAUGCCCACAAAAGUAAAUGCAAUAUCAUGGCGAUCGCCGUCACGACGACGACGACGACGAUGAUGAUGAUGAUGAUGACGAUGACGACGACGAGCCGAGCUGUGACGACGAUGAUGACGACGACGACGACAAAACCGAUGCACCGAGCAGCGAUGAACUCGAUGAAUUUCCGCGGCUGGACGAAGACAGCGACGACGAUGAUGACGAACUAG